GCAUUAUUCAUAAAUCGUUGACAAUUACACUGCAGAACUUCAAAUAAACUAAGUCAGCAAGAUUUUUGCUGUAUUUGUGGCAAAAAUUAUUCAUUUCAUUGGUUUCUAAUAUGUUCCGUCUGACAUUAUUGCUGCUAUGGACCGCAAAAACGUAUACUUUCAUGGUAACGGCAGAUGGCAAUAUCUCGAAGGAGUUGUUUGCCGGGGAGCGUUUCAACAGGAACGCACAUCCAUGCUUCAGAACUUGCACAAAGGACGGAACACCAAUGGUGUGCAGAUACAAAUUUAAAUUAGAGUGGUACCAAACGUUAAGCAAAGCGUGUUUUAAUUGUCCUUACAAUCCUGAAGACUGUUUAAGAAUUCACUGCAUACCUGGAGAUGGAAAUAAGCGACCUGUGUUAGUGGUUAAUCGACAAAUGCCUGGACCCAGUAUAGAGGUUUGUUUAGGUGAUGAAAUAAUAGUAGACGUAGAAAACCGUCUAAUGGGAGAAAGCACCAGCAUCCAUUGGCACGGUUAUCACCAAAAAGCAAGUCCCUAUAUGGACGGUGUACCGUUUGUCACACAAUGUCCAAUUCAACCAGGUACAACGUUCAGAUAUCGUUUUACAGCUGAACAAUCGGGCACACACUUUUGGCAUUCUCACACAGGAGUUCAAAGAGCUGACGGCGCAUUUGGUGCGUUUAUUGUGAGAACGCCCCCAGAAGAUAAUCCGCACCAUGUGGAAUACGACUACGAUCUAUCAUCCCAUGUGAUGAUUGUAUUGGACUGGGAGCCACAAAUUUUGAUCGAAAAGUUUUUGUUGCAUCAUCACAGCAAUGGCGAUAACAAAGCUGACACUCUUUUGGUAAACGGCAUGGGUCGGUUUAAAAACUUUAGCAUAUCAAACAGUACUGUAUUUACCCCCACAGCAAGAUUUGUAGUCAAAAAGGGGUAUAGAUAUCGUUUCAGAGUAAUAAAUGCAGAGUUUAUGAAUUGCCCUAUAGAAUUAUCUCUAGAUAAUCAUACAAUAACCAUUAUUAGUAGUGAUGGAAAUGAUCUUGUUCCGAUAACAGCGGAAUCGGUCGUCACUUACGCUGGUGAAAGAUUCGAUUUUGUACUAAAUGCAGAUCAACCAACUGGAUUAUAUUGGAUGAGGUUUAGAGGAUUAAUGGACUGCGACGAACGAUUUACCAGCGCUCACCAAGCUGCAGUUCUACAGUAUAAGGGGAUGUCUAACAGUGACUACCCCAAGAAUGAGUUACAUUAUCAUAAUACACAUAAGAAUGGUUUGGAAAUCAAUUCACUAAAUACUGCGCCUGGAAAACGUAAUUCGGUAAGCAUCGUGGAAUUACAAUCGCUGGAUGUCGAUUGGGAUCCCUGUUUGAAGGAUGUGCCGGAUUACAAAUUCUUUAUUUCUUACGAUUUCUAUAAAAUUGAUAAUCCCCAUUUCCACAAGUCGGGAUUAUACGGAUAUGCAGACGUGCUUGAUGUCCAACAACAGUUGCAAACACCUCAGCUUAACCAUAUAUCUCUAAAGCUACCGUCUUUUCCAUUACUACCUGGUAGAAAUCAACUGGAUACUUCUUUGUUUUGCAACAAAUCGAAUACGGUCCACUGCAAUGAGAGCUAUUGUGAAUGCACACAUGUCCUUCAGGUUCCUUUAAAUUCCGUGGUAGAACUUAUUUUAAUUGACAGAGGGUUUUCCUUCGACGCAAAUCACCCUUUCCAUUUACAUGGACACACAUUUAGAGUGAUUGGAAUGGGAAGGAUAGGAAGGAAUGUGACCGAAGAAGAGAUAACAAUUUUAGAUGGAAGUGGGUUUUUAAAACGGAACAUGACGCGCCCUCCCAAAAAGGAUACGGUUACAGUGCCUGAUGGCGGAUACACAAUUCUGAGGUUUUUGGCUUCUAAUCCAGGAUACUGGCUAUUUCACUGUCAUAUCGAAUUUCACAUUGAAAUAGGAAUGGCCCUGGUUUUUAAAGUUGGAGAACAUAGCGAAAUGUUGCCGGCACCAAAUCAUUUUCCUGAAUGUGGGGAUUAUAUUCCCAAUGAAAAUGUGAAGUAAAGAAAACGUUUUCUGCUAAAUUUGAGCGCUUAUAGUGUUAGCAGCUAAAUUGUACGUUGGAACACAUAGCGUAUAGGUAGUUCUAAGAUAGUGUAUAUGUUACCUUCAAAACUGGAUUUUAGUUAACACUAGUUUUAACCAGUGAAAACGCGAAAUAACUUAAGGUUCUUAAAGAAAUUAGUAAUAACCCAUUUUAAUUUUACCUUUUAAGACGUGAAUUCUCUUUUUAACUGACCGUUUCGGUCAAAACGAUUUUAUCUAAAGAGAUCGUCAUGAAAAUACUAGUUUCACAAUGUGAAAACUUUCUCCGUCUCUUUUAUAUUUAUUAAUUUAGUGAUAAUAAUAAUAAUAGACCAACCUGCCCAACAGAACAGACAUUCCAAUUACAGGACAAUACAUAUUUAAUAGUUAACGCGCAAUUAUUUAGUGUAGGUAAUAAGAAAAAAGAAAAAGAAAGAAACACAAGAAAAACUUAAAAUCUUAACAUAACUAAACAAAAAUAAAAUAAUUAAAUUCUCAAAAAAAAGAAAUAGUGAUGAACGUCUCUUUACAAUUCUCCAUUAAUUAUAAGUACUCGUACUUAUAUACAGCUAACAGCACACUACCUACUAAAACGCACAGUUAUACUAAAUUAUUACCUACGUUAGGUCUUUGAAUAUAAAAUUAGUUCAAAGGUUAGGUUUAUUUGUCAACUUUGCCGACAUUCGGCUUCUUAAUCUUACUCUAUUUUUCCGUUAAAACCGAGGUUAAAACUAGUUUUUGUAAAUUGACUGUUGGGAGAAACCUCGGGAGAAACUAUUUUAAACCGACCUGUUCAGUCAAAACUCAAAAGUCGAAAUACAAAACAAAGUUUAACAAAAUUCGUCUAUUUACUGAACACUGCAGGUGCAUCGCGUUUUUACUAGUAAAACUAACAGUUAAUUCGCGUUUUAGCUAAGCUAGUUAAACUGUUAAAACGGGUGUUAGGUAAACAAUAUCGGUUGUUAACGGUAACAUAUGUUAUAUAGUACAUAAUACAAUACAUAUGCUAUAAUGUCUAAAAGAAGCUUCGUAUGCUUCGUAUUGACGGUUGCUUGUAUGUUACCAUUGAAUACCUAAUGUUACUCAAUAUGUUAUGUGACAUAUUUUUGUAGUUAUAAUCGAUACCUUGCAUACCUACUUAUUAUUGUUUUGUAAUUGAGAAACACAAAUAAAAUUGGC